GAGUGUCACUUCCUCUCUGUGCCCAUGUGAGGAUAGUCUGAUCGUGGAAAAAAAGUCUGUCGCCACGCUUGCUGUUGUGUGAUAUAGGUAUUAUAAAGAAUUAGAAAAUGAGCACUGGAGAUUUUGAAAAAGACUUGCAGUUGGGUAUGGAGUCCGAAGACGACGACAGCGAAUUAUCAGAUGACGAGCUUCAAGAAGCUUUUGACAAAGGACUGCUGAAACCAGGGUUAAAUGUUGUUCAAGACGAACCUAAGAAAGCUGUGAACAAUGUGGAGGGACUUAAGCAAUGCUUGGCCGACUUUCGAAAAAGUCUUCCUUGGGCGGAAAGGUUGGAUUUGACCAAUAAACCUGCAGCUGACAUUGUAGCACAGGCAGAAGGCAAGAUGACCCCACAAGAUAGUGGGGAGAUAAAUGCAGAGGAUGACUUCCAGAGGGAGAUGCACUUCUACCGCCAGGCACAAGCGAGUGUCCAUGACGCGUUGCCGCGGUUACACAAGUUGAAGAUACCUACCAAACGGCCAGACGAUUACUUCGCUGAAAUGGCCAAAACAGAUCAACACAUGCAGAAGAUUAGACAAAAGCUUAUAAUGAAGCAGGCAGCUAUGGAGAAGUCAGAGAAGGCCAAGAAACUGAGAGAACAGAGGAAGUUUGGCAAGAAGGUUCAAACUGAAGUUAUACAGAAGAGACAGAAGGAGAAGAAAGCAAUGAUGUCUGCUGUUAAAAAAUACCAAAAAGGAAUGACAGACAAGCUUGACUUUCUGGAUGGAGAUCAAGAAAAAGGAAAGAGAGGAGUGAACAAGGCAGCAAUGAAUAAAAAAGUCCCCGGUGCUAAGAGGAAAUACAAGGAUCAGAAGUUUGGCUUUGGUGGAAAGAAACGUGGCUCCAAAUGGAAUACCAAAGAGAGUCACGAUGAUGUGUCAGGAUUCCGAGCCAAAGUGGCUCAUGGAAAAGGAGGGAAGCAAAAACCCAAUAAGAGACCAGGCAAAAAUGCCCGAAGAAAAAUGAAGAACCGUUCUUGACAAGUAUGAAUGUAGACUAUAGUUUUUUAGCAUUGCUGAUUCCAGCAACAUCCAUACCCAUUGUCUGGCAUGUAAGGCUGUUCUUAAAACUGAAAUGACUGCAUUUCCCCCUUCAUAUGAUCACUCUACAUACCAGCAUAUCUUGGGUUUCCUUUUGCAGUUUCUGCCGACAUUUUCAGUGAUUCUUUUAAGAAUUGGAAUGUCAGGGUGUUUCCUGGUGUUGUAUUAGUUUUUUGCAUUUGUUCAAGAGGUGAAGUAAUGUGUCAUUUUCUGGAGACACAUUGAUACAUGUGUUUUGCUAACGUUUCCUGAAUAAGCAGCAAAGGAGAGAAGUGUGUUAAUUACUGUACAUACUGUAAUUUACUGCUGUUAGCAGGCCUGUAGAUUUAUCAGAACUGCUUUCUGCAAUGUUUUUUGUAAACCAAAUCACAAUCAAAAAUGUUUCUGAACAAGUUUUAAGCAUGCGCAUUAUUGUAUAA